AUAAGCUGCCCGGACCUUCCAGAAAACCCAAAUUCAAACUCCAAUACCUUCCGUUCGUUUCCUUUCUCAGCGUGGAUGUGAAAUCCAACGGUCCAAAUGGCUCGAGACGGAUACGUCGUCCCAGCCGAGCCUCAGGCAGCUCUAAAGAAGAAAACGGCCGUGUCGAGGAGCUGGAUACUGCUAGAUUGCACCGGUGAGGACACGAUCCUGGACGUCGACAAGUACGCUAUCAUGCACCGGGUUCAGAUUCACGCUCGCGAUCUUCGGAUCCUCGACCCGCUUCUAUCCUAUCCGUCGACGAUUUUAGGCCGAGAGCGGGCCAUUGUUCUAAAUCUCGAGCAGCAUAUCAAGGCCAUAAUCACUGCAGAAGAGGUGUUGCUUCAGGAUCCCACAAAUGAUAAUGUUAUUCCCAUUGUCGAGGAGCUUCGUAGGCGUUUGUCACCUGCAAAUAUCAUUCACCAGGCAGAGGGAGAUGGGAGGGAACACCCAAGUGGGCAAAAUGAUGCUGAAGCUGGCGAAGAAGAUGAGUCUCCAUUUGAAUUCCGGGCCCUGGAGGUAGCCUUGGAAGCCAUUUGCAGUUUUCUUGAUGCACGUACCACAGAACUGGAGACUGCUGCUUACCCAGCUUUAGAUGAGCUGACCUCCAAGAUUAGCAGUCGUAACUUGGAUCGAGUGCGCAAGUUGAAGAGUGGAAUGACAAGGUUGACUGCUCGAGUUCAAAAGGUAAGGGAUGAGCUUGAACAACUUCUGGAUGAUGAUGAUGAUAUGGAAGACCUUUACUUGUCAAGAAAAUUGGCUGGCUCAUCAUCACCUGUUAGUGGCUCUGGUGUACCUAAUUGGUUCCCUGGCUCUCCAACCAUAGGCUCAAAGAUAUCUAGAGCAAGCAGGGCAAGCGCAGCAACGAUUCACGGAAAUGAGAAUGACGUCGAGGAACUUGAGAUGUUACUAGAGGCAUACUUUAUGCAAAUUGAUGGCACACUGAACAAACUGACCACGCUACGCGAAUAUAUUGACGACACGGAAGAUUACAUUAAUAUUCAGCUUGACAAUCAUCGAAAUCAACUGAUUCAGCUAGAGCUCUUCCUUAGCUCUGGAACUGUUUGCCUCUCUAUUUAUUCGUUGGUUACCGGGAUCUUUGGCAUGAAUAUCCCAUAUACAUGGAAUCAAAACCAUGGAUAUGUAUUUAAAUGGGUGGUCAUCGUCGCAGGACUAGGUUGUGCCAUUCUUUUCAUCCUCAUCAUAUCUUUUGCGCGCUACAAAGGUCUGGUUGGGUCAUGAUGUCUUAAUACACUAACAUUCCUCCCUUCAGGAAUUGACUCUGCUUCCCAACUGCUACAUUGAGGAUUAGAUGUGGAUGCUGAAAUUCUACAUCAAGGUAAGAGAAAACCCAGUUAGCCUAGGGUUGUCAGUGAGCUCGUUGUGGCCCCCACCCAGUUCAAAAUCUGGGCUUAAAGCAACCUAGACCAGACCGUCGACUGACCUAGCCCCACUGAAAAAUCAGACACCUUCAAAUUGUUUUCUUAGCCUAGUUUCUGUUUUUUGAAAUGUUUUAUUACUUUUUUCAGAUUAAAAAAAAUAAAUCAGAUUGGUGACCAUCAGAUAGAGCAGCCAUUAUUUAUUAUUUAAAGGGAUUGCAUGAAUAUGUGGUGGUCAUGUAGUCGUCAGGGGGAUUAAUCUGAUUUGAGGUGAAAGUACUAAUAAAUGAUGUACAAUCAAAAUCAGUGGCCUUUUCUUGUACUUUUAAUGUCGAUAAUCAAUGAUUAUUCCUGUUCUUUGUGACC